ACACACACACACACACACACACACACAGAGAACACAGCCAUGUGCGCGUGCACAGCUAGCGUUUGUCUGGUGGCUUUGGUGUAAAACCAAACGUGCUGCACUUUUAAUAUCGAACACACGCUUCCUUGUUUGCUUUUUCCUCCUCCGUCUCGUCUGCUGUUUGCGGGGAUUUUGAGAAUGUGGCUGUGUGCCGUUAGUGAUGGACGCUUUUCCGCUCUCCUCGCUUUGUCCACACCCCUCACAUCCAGAUAAAGACGCUCUGCACACUCAGGCGCGCUCAGGACUCACAGACGCUUCACUCGACUGGAUAUAACGUCUGACUUUCAACUCCUUUGGGAUUUUUUCUUUCGCUCGGAUUUGUUUGGGGACCAUCAGUCUUUGGAUUAAACCUCCACCCUGAGGGUUCCGACUCAGACAGCAGACAUGGACUCCCUCCAGAUCAGUAUCCACGAUGUCCCUGUCUGCGCGGCCUACGCGCCGAGUCCUUGCCAGGUCCAUCACUAGAAGCCAGUCGUUUGCCGGAGUCAACUCCCAAGACAAGCUCUAUAGGAGCCUCUCUGUGUUCCGCACCCCAUCGUGUGCAAGAAAAACUCCCUCUAGAGGAAGCAGGAUGUUCACCCUCUCCGCAAAGUCACCUCCUCCAAAGGUGCCCCAGCCUGAGAGGCUGGACGAGGUGUAUGAAGCUCUGAAAAGAGGACUCCAGUGUUAUCUGCAGGUCCAUCAGAUGGAGCUGGAUAGUCUGAACCGACAAAUGAAGGAAUCUAAGAGGAACUCACGCCUGGGAUUUCUUUAUGAGCUGGACAAGCAAGUCAAGGUGAUUGAGAGGUUCAUGAGACGACUGGAGUUCCACCUCAGUAAGAUUGACGAGCUGUAUGAAGCAUACUGUAUGCAGCGAAAGCUGCAGGAUGGUGCCAAUAAGAUGGUAAAAGCAUUCACGGCUUCUACAGGUAGCAGAGAAGCCCGAGAGAGUCUGUCAGAGGCCAACAAGGGCUUCAAAGAAUACACAGAGAACAUGUGCAUGCUGGAGAGUGAGAUAGAAAAUCAGCUCGGAGAAUUCCACGUCAAAAUGAAAGGUCUGGCUGGCUUUGCACGCCUCUGUGCUGGAGACCAAUAUGAGAUCUUUAUGAGAUAUGGUCGACAGCGUUGGAAGUUGCGGGGUCGGAUUGAGAUGAACGGAAAGCAAGUGUGGGACAGUGAGGAGAUGGUUUUCCUCCCUCUUAUCACUGAGUUCCUUUCAAUAAAGGUAACUGAGCUGAAAAGUCUGGCUAAUCAUGUGGUGGUGGGAAACGUCUCCUGUGAGACCAAAGACCUGUUUGCUGCUCUGCCACAGACCGUAGCUGUGGACAUUAAUGACCUAGGAACCAUCAAACUAAGCCUUGAAGUUACAUGGAAUCCAUUCGACAAAGAUGACCAGGCUACCACAGCAAGCACAGUGAGCAAGGCUCCUACAGUGAAUAAACGCUUCUCCACCUAUAGCCCUCCAGAUACACCAUCUCUUCGAGAACAGGCAUUCUAUUCCGUCCCAAGAAGUUUGCAUUCGAAGCAGUGCUGGUCCCUUCUGGACGUGUUUCGGGACGCACUGGCCGAGAAACUUUCUCAGACGCAUAGCUGUGGGGAUGUCUCCUCCAUCAACUUUGGACUGUCUCGUUUGCCCUCCCACAACAUGUUAAAGCGGCAAGAGGAAUUGGAGAACGGUACAGCGUGGUCGAACUCCUCUGAAUCCUCAGACGAUUCAUCGAGCCCUCAGCUAUCCCAAGGUCUUCGUCAUGCCAACAAGAAUCUGGUGCAGCCUGAGUUGCAGGCUGCUGCUCCUGCCAUUGACAUCUCCUUCACACCCCGCCAAUCAUCCACCUCCACGCCCACCCGGCUGGCCAAUCAGAAAGAGGAAGAUGAGGAGGAGGAGGAGCAAGACGAGGAAGUUCAGACAACUCCAAUCGCAGUGGCCACAGAAGCUGCUGGCAUGCAAGUUGUGCCCAAUGGCCACGCUCGUUACUUGCGCUCUCUGAGUCAUAUCAGUGAGAGCAGUGUGGAUGCCACCUUCAAUGAGAGGCCUGUUGGGGAAUCGUUGGACCCAAGUUUAGUAGAGGAUGUGCCCCUGAGGGCUGAGCUAUGCUUAGUCAUUCCUGAGCCACAAGCUGACCACCACAAUGUUGAUCUAGUCACGUUGAAAACAUCCAGCUCUGACACCACAGCCCCUAUAGCACAAGGUGUCUCUGAUUCUGCUGCUGAAUGUGACAAGUCUACAACACAACUGGACUCUGAUUUCUGCACCAGUAGUAUGGAGGACUCUAACUGUGCCUCUGUUAAUACAGAGGCCUCAGUGCAACAAAAUAAUGCUCUAAGCUCCAGAACUGGUGACAUAAAACACACCCAAGACACACAGAACCUGCUCAAGACACGCACUGGGUCUGUACAUGAGAAGUCAGGGACUGAAGAAGAUUUUUUGUCAGUAGAUAACAGAAAGACGGAGGACAAUGAGGCAAAAGACAGCGACCUGAACGAGGCCUUCAUCGCUCUUCUUUCUUCUCUAGAUGACUACAGGGGUCAGUUUCCAGAGUUGCAGGUCCUGGAGCAAGAGCUCCGCCUGCUGGAAGAGGCUCUCACUGGUCAAAGUCGAAGUCGAGCCUCCAGUGUGAGCUUGACAGUGGAAACUGCUCUUGAAAGCUUCAGUUUCCUCAACACAUCAGAUUUGGAUGAUGAUGAAGAAGAUGGCGAGAGGUCAAGCAUGACAGACAGCUCUCAGCCAGUAGCAGGUGACAGUGUGGUAGCGGAAGAAGGUUGUACACAGAACAGCUGGGACACUCCCUCUGUUCCUCUCAGCACUGGCCACCGAGCACUCAAUGAAACUUUGCUCAUACAUCUAAAGAACUGCUCCACCCAGCUGCUGAGGCUGGGUACAUUUGGGCCACUGCGUUGUGGAGAAAUGUACGCUCUGGAUCGGUUGCUCCGGGAGACUCGGGUAAUGGAGCUCAUUCGUCUGGCUGUCAAGGAUACAGUGAGGAGUGACAGCCAACCUGAGGAAGCCGUUCCACAGUUAGAGCAGUGCCAGGGGGCUGUGUUGCUGUGGAGGCGUUGUACGACUGGCGCUGGUGUAUUCAGCACCUCCACAGAGACCUUCCUGCAGACUCUGAACAACAUGUACACAAGCAGAAUUCCAGAGCGAGGAGCCAGCCUUUCAGACACAGUAUUUAUGCAUCUGGUGGAAAAGAUUUUGGAGAAAAAGCUGCCCAGGCGAUGUGGAAGUACAGCAAAAGAGAUUGUUACAGUUUUUCAGUUCUGGAGCUACCUAGAGGCAGAGGGUGUGAACGAACUGGAGACGCACAUCACCGAGCUGGCUGAGGAGGUCUGGUUGGUGCAGUGUCUGCAGUCUGCUGAUCAAGAUGUGCUGCUGAAAGCCCUCAAAAAGCCUCCGGAGUGCAGUCUGAAGCGUGAGGGCCUGCGUGCCGUUAGCCUACUGCUCAGGGACCCACGGGGGAAGGUGUGCAGCAGUGCCAGUUCUCUGUUACGCAGCCUUGCAGAGCAGCCACGCCACAGAGAGAGGGCUCUUGUGACUUGUCUGGAGCUGCUGGAGGAUGAAAGUGUUGAGACCCGUGUGUGUGGCUGUAAAGCACUCGCAUGUCUAAAGGCUAAAGAGAGCAUUGAGCAGCUGGUAUACCUGUGCCGGACAGACAAGGAGGAUGUAAGAGAUGCCGCCAAACAAGCUCUGCUCGUGCUGGGUGAGGAAGGGAUGAUGGCCCAUCAGCAUCUCGAACAGGAUGGAGUUGCUCGACUUUUUGCACCUGGCAGCAUGGCCAGCACUGCAUUUUAAGCACCAUCAACUCACAGAAACUAUAGACCAAUGUCUUCUGUGUACUCAGACUUGUAUGCCAGUAAAGGACUUGUGAUCAAACAUAGAUCACCAUUGAAGUGCAAAUAAAUCCUGAAUCACCUUGUUAAACAGAGCGACUGCAGACGAUUUAAACAAUCGUCUGCAGAACAGUGGACACAUUGGAACUUGACUGAUAAGCUACAAAUUAAAAUCAGUUAAAUGAUACAAUGGAAAUGAGAUGUUGGAGAAAUGCUCUACAUUGAGAGUUGCCUCCACAAUUCACAACAGAGCUCUCAAAUGAGUGUAUGACUUCAUGUCGCAUGCAUGGACAUUGUUUUUUUUUUUUACUUGCCAUCAUGCUCACUGAGAGCAGGAGAAUAAAAAGUGUUACUUUCAUGUGA